CACAUUGCAGUCUGGAGUUCCGGUGAGAGGGGGAAAAAAAGAGACGUGGCGAAAAAAAGAAUCGGUGAAUAUCGGUGCCUUCAAAGCUCUUUUCUCCUUAAUUCAGAUUCGGAGCAGUGGCUGUGUGUGUGUAAGGAGACCCAGGUUGCGCAGUAACGCCACCAGUUUGCGCUAAAUGGGUGAUUACGGGUUCGCCUUACAGUCGGCUCUCCUCAGCAGUAGCGGCAGCUAUAACGCUCUCCCUCUCGCUCCGUUUGCGCCGUCCAAGCACCGUAGCAGUCCGACGAAUGUGGUGUACGAUAUCCUCAAUAAUAACUCGUCUCUGUUUCUCCCCCUUGCAGCUCAGCAAACCAUGCAGGAUGAUUUACUGAUGGACAAAAGCAAAGCCUCUCAGCCUCCUCACCAACACCAACACCAGCAGCAGCAAGACCCAACGAGCAUCGAGUCUCCUUCCACGCCGACUCCCUCACCGUCCGAGCCGGCGAUCUGCGAGGACAGCAGCCCGUCGAGCGGGAGCAGCAGCAGCAGCAGCAGCCAAGCGCCUUCGAUCCAAAGCAACCAAGAGAAAGUAGCGAUGGAGUCCCCGAUCCUGCCGAACCUGGGCUUCCCGGAGACCGGCGGCAACUCGUUGUCUCCGUCGUUCGCCAGCACUUGGUCCUCGGGGACGGCGAACGCGGUGGACGAUAGUUUUUUCCAAGGAAUCCCCCCGGUCAACGGCACCAUGCUUUUCCAGAACUUCCCGCACCACGUCAACCCGGUUUUCGGCGGCGGAGGCUUUUCGCCGCAGAUCGGCUUGGCACAGUCGCAGCAGCAGCAGCAGCAGCAGCAAGUACAGCAGCAACAGCAGCAGAGGAGAUCUCCGGUCAGCCCUAACCAGGCUGCUUUUCCUCAGCGGAACGCGUACAGCCACCAGGCCGUGGUGAACACCAAGGCCUCGCCGUCCUCCUCCUCCUCCUCUUCGUCGGCGUGGAGCGCUCAGCACAGCGCCGUCUGGAGCUCCGGAUCAAACCCCUGGAGCGGGCUGCCGGCCGGCCGGGACCCGCGGAGAGCCGUCGGGGUCGGUGUAGGAGUCGGCUUGCCCUCGGGUCUUAACCCUAUCUCUCCGAUGAAGAAGCCGUACCCGACUAAUGUCAUCGCGCCGCCGAAGUUUCCCCGAGUCGUCCCGCUUAACCAAAAACCCUGGCUGGAGGACAACGCCUUCAGGACCGACAACGGCAACAACAUGUUACCUUUUCAGGACCGGAAUCGGCCCUUUGAUCCAUUUAACUUGCAAACUUUGGAGAAUUCCUUAAUGGAUAUGAUAAGGACUGACCACGACAAAGGUAAACACCACCCUGUCGGGGGCCCACCAAUGACUAUCGCUGAUAUUGUAUGGAGGAAUCAUUUUGCAGGACGCAUGGGUCUGAACUUUCAUCACCCAGCAGCAGAACAUAUAAUGCCACUGACCAGGAGUUAUGGUCGCAGAAGAGGUCGCUCAUCACUGUUUCCUUUCGAGGAUGGAUUUUUGGACGACGCUCACGGAGAUCAAUCUCUCACUUCAGGGCUGAACUCCCCCACUCGCUGUCAGAAUGGUGAGAGGAUUGAGCGUUAUUCCAGGAAGGUCUUUGUUGGUGGACUGCCUCCAGACAUCGACGAAGAUGAGAUCACCAAUAGUUUUCGUCGCUAUGGACACCUGGUGGUGGACUGGCCUCAUAAAGCGGAAAGCAAGUCCUACUUUCCUCCUAAAGGUUAUGCCUUCCUGCUUUUCCAGGAAGAGAGUUCAGUUCAGGCUCUCAUUGAUGCCUGCAUUGAGGAAGAUGGGAAACUCUACUUGUGCGUCUCCAGUCCCACCAUUAAAGACAAACCAGUCCAGAUCCGCCCGUGGAAUCUGAGCGACAGUGACUUUGUGAUGGACGGCUCUCAGCCUCUGGACCCUCGCAAGACCAUCUUUGUAGGGGGAGUCCCUCGACCUCUGCGUGCAGUGGAGUUGGCGAUGAUAAUGGACCGACUGUAUGGAGGUGUGUGCUAUGCCGGCAUUGAUACUGACCCUGAGCUGAAGUAUCCUAAAGGAGCAGGUCGAGUGGCCUUCUCUAACCAGCAGAGCUACAUCGCUGCCAUCAGCGCUCGAUUCGUCCAGUUGCAGCACAACGACAUCGACAAGCGGGUGGAGGUGAAGCCGUACGUGCUGGACGAUCAGAUGUGUGACGAGUGCCAGGGCGCUCGCUGCGGAGGCAAGUUCGCCCCGUUCUUCUGUGCCAACGUCACAUGCCUGCAGUACUACUGCGAGUACUGCUGGGCCAGCAUCCACUCGCGCGCCGGCCGCGAGUUCCACAAACCGCUGGUGAAGGAGGGAGGAGACCGACCACGCCACGUCUCCUUCCGCUGGAGCUGAUGGAGGAGUCAGUCCUCCUCCCCUCACUUCUUCACUUCCAUCAUCCCCUCCAACCAACUAACCACCGCCAUCACCAUCACCAUGACUACAACCGACAAUAACAUGGGUCUUCUUUUAUCUUUUCUUUAAAAAAAAAAAAAAAAUCACAGUUCUUAAAGUCUUUGUCCACCGUACUUUCUGCUAAGGAACAUUCAGUUGAAUAAGAAUUUUGAGUCUUUCUGCUCAGAAAUUUGCACUUUGGCACACAUGUACACACUUGAUAUUAGCUAGGUCAUGACAUCAUUGUUUUCUUUAUUUUUUCUUUCUUUUUUUUCUAGCUUACACAGAUUUCGUCUUGAUUUAGUCUUUCAGUGUUUUCCAAUAGGACAUUAUUAGACAAGAGUGAGACUAUAUAUAUAUAUAUAUAUAUAUAUAUAUAUAUAUAUAUAUGUAUGUAUAUGUGAUGCAUGUAUGUGUGCAUGUAUUUAUAUUACAUACAUGCAUACAUGUAUACACACAGCAUGUAUUUAAAAUUUCUUUUUUAGUUUUUUAUUUAAUUUAUUUUUUUAACAGACCAUGCACUUGUUUUCUAAAAACCUGCAUCAUUGCCCUGAGUACAAAAUGUAACGGAACAAAAAUUACCAAAGGUGAAAAUCAUAAAAUUGACAAACAUAAAUAAGGGCAAAAGAAGAAAAAAAAAAGAUCUUAAAUUAAUCUUAAAUUGGCACACAUCUAUUUUGCUCUUCAUUUUGGAAACAGUUCAGUUAAUAACUCGUGCACAAUCAGAUUUAGUUUCUUUCGCUUAUAUAUAUAUAUAUAUUUUUUAGGCCUUUAUUUUUUUAAUUCUUUUUUUUUUUUUUUUAGUGUUAUGUACAUGUAAUGCUGCAAUAGCUUUUGCUGCUAAAUCCAUGGUAUAUAGAUGUAUACCAUAGUACUUUAUUCAGGCUGGGGAGUGGAUGAGAAUCGGUUAGGGCGCCUGGUUGGGAAGUGAACAGGCGGGCGUGAGAGCGAGCGUCGGCCUCGGCGGGCCGCGGAGUCAGCAUUCGCCCCUGAACUGCAUGUUUAUCCGAAUCAGGUCGCUGCAUGCAAUAGAAUUUUCAGUAUCGAGUCUUUUUAUUCAUCUUGGCCCACUUUGCACAUUGUAGACGAAGAAAAAGAGCAGGAAAGUGGACAGGAGGUGGUGACGCCGCGAGAGCUCUCGCUCGUUGGCUCGUUUCUGUCUCGCUAACCAUAUCAUAUGUCAAAAGCUAAAAAAGCGUGAGCAGAAAACUAAACCGCAACUCUGAUUUAAAAAGGCCUAGAUGUAGGAUAAGCCUUCAAACAAAACUCUGUCUAGGUGGUGAAGAACAUUUUUCUUUUUCAGUGAUUGUUAAUAUAAUUGUGCAAUUUUUUAUACAGUGUGUAGUUAGGUUUGAGUAUAUAUGCCUAGAACUGUGAUUCGCUUUAACUGUUCUUGAUGUCUAACAAGUCCUGUGAAAACUUCAUAACCAGAGUAUACAGUACACACACACACACACACACACACACACCACACCACAGUCUUCCCUGUCCUUCUAUUCCGUAUACACUGACACACACACACACACUUUUGAUAGUUCUCAUACAGGAUGUGUAACAACUCAACCCCCCCCCCCCCCCAAUCCCCCCACACAAACUACCGACACCAUUCAGUAGAACUAACACCACGUCAGGCCUCGUCGCUUCUGCCUGACUAGGGAAGUGAUUAGUAGACAAAAAGAAAAUACUGCAGUGAUGCGUGCGUGUGUGUGUGUGUGGUUUUUUUUUCCCCUUAAAGACCCACAUAAAGAGUUCAGACAGUGUGACUGCAGCACUUUCGAUUAAUGUCACAAGAACAUUGUGUGCUCGCUGCAUUUAUAUAUACAUCUCUAUAUAUAUAUCUAAAUAUAUAUAUAUAUAUAUAUACACAGAUUUUCCUGCAAAGCUUGAAGAAUAGAACCAACCUGCUAAUAAUGAUGGUGGAUAUUUUUUUAAGACUAUGGCAUGGGCUUGAGAGAGGACGAGUGGGAGUUUAGGAGAACACAAACAAGUAUUGGCUGCUGAUGUGAUGCGUUUAAGAGUGAGAGAGAGGUUUCACGAGCCUGCGACAGUCCCGAGCUCGGCGGGGGAGCGGGAGGGGGGUGAAGGGGGGCGAUGUUGCAUGGAGCGAAGCGUAAAAUCGUCCCAUCCCUUCUUCCAGCAGUGACUAGUUUGUCUGGCUGGAAGAAGCCGGAGCAACCGUGGAUCGGGUUUUUAAAUCCUAAAUCAUCAUCUUUAGGAUGGAACACUUUGUUCGCUUUUGAAAAAGAAAAAAGAAAAAAAAAAGAUGUAAAACAAGAGCUACUUUUUUACUGAUGGAGAAAAAAAAAAGGAAAACUAAUCAUGAAUAGCAAUGAAGAUCCUUAUGGACGUGAAUUCUGGGGGGUUUGUGAUAUUUCCUUCCCAACCCAGAAGGGUUUUCUAGAUCUGUUCCUUUUCUGUAAUAGACAUUUGUUAUGCACUACUCUUUGUAUCUAGAUAGUUAGCUAUCAGUCAGCUAUUUUUUUGUUGAGAGAGAGCGAGCGAGCGAGAGAGAGAGAAAUAGAAAUUGUGUGCUUUCUGACUGACGUGAUCUUUUGCAAUACCUCAAUUUUGAAAUAUAAUAGGAGAGAAAUCAAUAUUUUCUAAGUAAGUUUAUUCAAAUACAAAAUAUAUUAAUUUAAAUUAGCAAGAAAAUGAUUUAACAGAUGGUUAAUUUUAUUUUUGUCAUGUUUUUGCUUUUAUGUUUAAUUUUAUUUUUUUGAGGAAAAAAAGAUAAAAAAAAAUAAAAAAAUUAAAAAAAGCAACUGAAGGAGCUAGAGCUUUAUAACUUUAAUCAGCUGAAGUAGAGAGACGACAUUAACACGGCGUAAAAAAAACGGAGAGGGAGAACCGCCACCCAACGCCACAGUGUUAAAAAGAAAGAGUUCAUAUAAAAUCCUACUCCAGAAAAAGAAAAGGAAAAAAAACAAAAUACGUGGAGUCGACAUCCAUUAGGUGCUUGAAAAGCCAACUGACGAUACUUCCCUUGGUUUUGUAUGUUUAUAAUCAGUCAUUUACUGACCAGUGAAACUAAUAAUUUUUUUUUUUUUUUGGUUUGUGAUUUGAUUUAUUAUAAUUUUUUUUUAAACAAAAAGCUUUUUUAUGUUUCUUAAAUGUAGCCCAUUUGUUUUGUAAAAGCGAAUUUGCCCUACUUUGUUAACCUGAUCUAAUUUAAGCUAAACUGAUCUUCGAGGGUUCUUGACUAAAUGGAGAAGAAGAAAAAAUGGAGAGAAAGAACGUUCUUUUUUUUUUUUUUUUUUGUUAAUAAAUAAAAAAAAAAAACACACACAAAGAUCCGAACAGUUUCAGCUGUAACUUGAUCGAAAGCCCCCGAGGUGCGUCAGCAGCGCGGUGGCCUUCUAUUCACCUAAGACUUGAAUUAGUCCCAUUUUUUUAAGGCUAUAACCUCGAUUCUUUGUUGUAAUGUGCAAUACUGUUUGUACUGUUUGUAAAAAAGAAAAAAGAAAAAAAAAACACGCGUAAAUCUUUAUUGCAGAUUUAUUUUCAUUGCAAGCAUUGUGAUUCACUAAAAUCAUUUUCUACUGUGUAUUUACCUACUCUACACGCUAGUACCUUCCAGUGGUAAUGUAGCCUUUAUACUGAGAAAUUUUUCAUUAUUUUUAGAGAUUUUUUGCAAAAAAAAAAAGAAAAAAGAAAGGAAUUAAAACAUUUACAUAUUUUUUUUCUUCUUUUUUUAAUUUCAUAUUUCUUUACAGAUUUAUUUCUCAACCAUUAAUAUUGGCUAUUUCUGGGGGAGACUUUCAUACCUGGUCAAUGUCGUUAAUAUUAUUUUGUAUUUUUACUUGGAAUAAAUUAAUUUUAUGAUGCUAAUUCUUUAAGAAAAAAUCUUUUUGUUUUUAUUUUAUUUGAUGAAGCUGAAAACAUUUGUAACGUUACUAAAAUGUCUAGAUUUUUGAAAUGCGAUGCUUUUGUGUUAACUCGCUGAUGUUGCUUACGUUAGUGUGACGAUGAUCUCAAGUUAUAAAGGGGGGGGGGGAUUUUCAUGAGUGGGAAUUGAUGUCUUUGGGUAAUGGAGAAUGAUUGAUUGGUAAUGUAUGGACUGAAUGGGCAAUAAAACGACAUGACGGAAAGGAGCGGAUUUGAGGUGAAUGUUGUGAUGCAGUGGAAGCUACACAGUGAUUUAACUACUACCACUCCAGUCACUGCCACUGAAACGCCCAGGAUGUGCUGAGCUGAAGAGAAUCACAACACCUUUCUGAGAGCAUUCACUCCCAAACCUUCCAUCUGUAGCAACAGAUUGAAGUGCAACACAUUCCAAUGAACCUGAUGUCUUGCCCUCUUCUACAUACAUGAGCUCGCAGAUGCCCACAGGUGGGCUGCGUCACCAUCAGUAACAUGGGACAACUGGGUUUAGUUGUCCCAAAUUAGAUUUAGUGCUGGAGUCAUACCAUCGAAAAAAAUCCUAAUCUGGCACUGGGUGACAUUAACAUUAGGGUUGUAUAAAUAAUGUCGUCUGAACCCGGCGUGAGUGCCGGAAAGAUCGUAGAACUCUUGAGCAAGCCUUUUGAUGCUCUUACCUAAUCAGCGACCCUGCGAUUGGACCACGGCGUUCUAACUAAACCCGGGUAAAUAUUUGCUAUAUAUUGGUUUUCAUUGUCCUGGAAUCCACUGUACUGUAUCUCGGUCAGCACAUAGAUAUGCAACUGAUUCAUCACGUUUUCUAGUUUGUUUAAGUUAAACUCAUGUUUGCUCACUUAAAAAAAAAAAAAAAAAAAAAUCUUUAAAGACGCCACCCUUAUCUUUUUAGAGGGAAUGCUCCAGCUGUGGUGUUGUGGUCGGCUCUUCAGCGCUAAGUUUAAAACGAGACCGGAUGUCCUCUCUAGCUUGCCUUUUUCUAUCCAUUUUUUUUUUUUUUUUUUCGUUCCCUAAUCCCAGGCUUGCCAACUAACCUCUUAGUGUCCUCCUGGAAUGUUUAAUUUGCCUUCACUGGUAACUGUUGGUCAUUUCAUCAUUUGCUCACUGCACUCAUUUUGUUCCCCUUCGUUCCUAAAGGAAUCUAAUAAUAAUAAUGUCACUAAAGAGCUGCUGAAGAGGAGAAGACAAAAGAGAUGCCGCGUCCUGGUGACUGUUUCACACACUCUGUAGAUGCCUAUAUAUUUCCUGUUCUAGAUUCGGGUAGUUAUUUAUUCACCUGUGCUUCAUGCUCAUUCUCUGUGGGUGGAUCUGCAGCCCACUUUGUAUCAGUCAUGUGAAAUAUAUAUAAAAAAGAUAACUAUCUACAUGAAGGAUUGAUUUCUUUUUCUACGUUUCCUGUUUUAAUUUAUAACUAAUGACAGGUUCUAUCUUGAAAUUGUUGAUUUGGACCUGUGCUUGUCUGACGUAGUUAAACUGUGAUAUAAAAAAAGAAAAAAACUAAACAAAAAUACAUGGAGGGCAGUGCUGCUAUUGCUUACAACUUGCUUCAAGUUUGUAGUUCCCACCUUCAUUAUUUCCCCCUUUUCUGUACUAAUAAGCAGAUCUUAUUAAACAUGGUUGUAUGAUG